AGUAGAUCCGGGACGUCAGCCAAAGGCGUCACGUGUCGCUCCGGCGCUCAGGAAUGUAAUCGCGUGGAUAGAAACGUUUUGAAAAGUGAUUAUGGAUAAUUUUUGGAUAAAAAAGUGCAUAGUUAUGUAGAUAUUAAGUCACAAUCUUUGUACUACAGUAGAAUUUAACGUAUGAUCCGCCUCUACAAUAAUUUAUUGUUGCGUGAAUAAAUUUGACUAGAACUGUGCAAAUGACUGAAAAUUAAUUUAGCACUAUGACUUUGUGUACGGGUGAUUGUGAAUUGUAGAAACAGUCUGGGAGCAACAAUAUGCAUAUUGUGACAUUAAUUAGUUUAUUGCUUUGGAGUAACUUUGGAUAUGCGGGAUUGCCGCCUGUUAUCAGAAUAGGAGCAAUUUUUACCGAAGAUCAAAAAAACAGCAGCGUCGAAUUGGCUUUCAAAUACGCAGUUUACAAGAUAAACAAGGAAAGAGAUUUGUUGCCUAAUACUACACUCGUCUAUGACAUCCAAUAUGUGCCAAGGGACGACAGUUUCAGAACAUCCAAAAAGGCUUGUCGACAGGUAGAGUUCGGAGUUCAAGCCAUUUUCGGUCCAUCCGAUCCGAUUCUAGGAGCACAUAUUCAGAGUAUAUGUGAAGCUCUCGAUGUACCUCAUAUAGAAGCAAGGGUGGAUUUCGAGCCGACCUCCAAGGAGUUAUCUAUUAAUUUACACCCCAGUCAGGAAAGCAUGAAUAAAGCCUUUAAGGAUCUGAUGGCCUUCCUCAAUUGGACUAAAGUGGCUAUUAUUUACGAAGAAGAUUAUGGUCUAUUCAAGCUGCAAGAAUUGGUGAAGGCGCCGGGAGCGGCCCGAACUGAAAUGUAUAUCCGGCAAGCAGGUCCUGGAUCGUAUCGACAGGUCCUACGGGAAGUCAGGCAGAAAGAACUCUAUAAGCUUAUCGUCGAUACUAAUCCGAGAAAUAUCAAUCAGUUUUUUAGAGCGAUAUUGCAGUUACAAAUGAAUGACUAUAGAUACCAUUACAUGUUCACAACAUUUGAUUUGGAGACGUUCGAUUUGGAAGAUUUCAAGUACAAUUCCGUAAAUAUAACUGCUUUUAGAGUAGUUGAUGUGGAUCAUCCAAAAGUCAAAGAAACUUUGGAAGUUAUGGAAAAGUUUCAACCGAUUGGCCAUGCCAUUCUCAAUAGAAGUGGGGUUAUUCAGGCCGAGCCGGCUCUGAUGUUUGAUUCUGUAUACGUAUUUGCAAAGGGAUUAUCCGGUAUGGAGAACAUGCAGUCUAUUAGACCUACGAAUUUAUCCUGUGACAUUGAAAAGCCAUGGGAUGAUGGAUUAACACUGUACGAUUACAUCGACUCCGUGAGCGGUCUCCAUGGACUGACGGGUAAUUUGGAAUUUAGCGAGGGCAAAAGGACCAACUUCAAAGUGGACCUGCUAAAAUUAAAGAAAGAAGAAAUUCGUAAAGUCGGCGAAUGGACGGUUACUAAUGGCAUCAAUAUAACGGAUCCGAAUGCGUUUUAUGAAAACCACACACCGAAUGUGACGCUUAUCGUAAUGACAAGAGAGGAACGACCAUAUGUAAUGGUAAACGAAGAAAAGAAUUUGACGGGCAAUGCUCGCUAUGAAGGUUUCUGCAUUGACCUAUUGAAAUGGAUAGCAGCUCAAGUGGGCUUCCAAUAUACAAUUAGACUAGUUCCUGAUCACAUGUAUGGCGUGUUUGAUCCAGAUACGAAGGAAUGGAACGGAAUCGUUAGAGAAUUAAUGGAAAAGAGAGCGGAUCUCGCUGUAGCCUCGAUGACGAUAAAUUACGCUAGAGAAAGCGUAAUUGACUUCACGAAGCCUUUCAUGAAUCUCGGAAUUGGAAUUCUCUUUAAGGUAUCUGCUCGAGCACCGGCAAAACUUUUUGCUUUUCUCACACCAUUGGCUAUAGAAAUUUGGUUAUACAUGGUUGGCGGAUACGUCCUCGUCUCUUUAACAAUUUGGAUAGCCGCCAGAGUGUCUCCCAAAGAAUGGAGAGAAAUCGAGCCGUGCGAUGAGUGUCUAUGGAAAAAAUAUGGAGAGGAGUGCGAACAUUUUUCUUACGACGGCGACGGCACUUCUGGAAUAUGCAGCGACGAAACAGACGACGAAGAUUCCGAGGGCUACUUCAUCGAUAAAAUGCACAGGAACCUUUCGCCAGUAGACAAUAUUUCCUGCAAACACGACAAAGUUGAUUUUAUUUGCGAACAUGAACACGAACAGGAACGCGAAUACGAACUAGAGGAAUGCGGUAAAAGUUUGGACGUCCUCGAAAAUGGAUUUACUUUAGGAAACAGUUUUUGGUUCGCGAUAGGGUCCUUAAUGCAACAAGGAUCUGAUCUUAAUCCUAAGGCCACGUCGACCCGCAUAGUAGGCGGUAUCUGGUGGUUUUUCACUCUCAUUAUAAUAUCGUCGUAUACGGCGAAUUUGGCGGCCUUCCUCACAGUGGAACGGAUGAUUACCCCCAUAGAGAGCGCCCAGGACUUGGCCGAGCAAACGGAAAUCGCUUAUGGAACUUUGGAAGGCGGAAGCACUAUGACUUUUUUCAGGGAUUCAAAAAUUGGUAUUUAUCAAAAAAUGUGGAGAUUUAUGGAAAGUAGAAAUCCCCCAGCAUUCGUUAAAUCUUACGAGGAUGGCGUAAAGAGAGUUCUGGAAGGCGAUUACGCUUUUCUAAUGGAAUCGACUAUGCUAGACUAUGCGGUACAAAGAGACUGUAAUCUAACACAAAUCGGUGGAUUAUUAGAUUCGAAAGGAUACGGCAUUGCCACUCCUAAAGGUAGUCCUUGGAGGGACAAAAUUUCUUUAGCUAUUUUAGAACUACAAGAAAAAGGAGUCAUUCAAAUCUUAUACGAUAAAUGGUGGAAAAACACCGGAGACGUUUGCACAAGAGAUGACAAAAGUAAAGAAUCUAAAGCGAAUGCUUUGGGAGUUGAAAAUAUAGGUGGGGUUUUCGUUGUUCUACUUUGCGGUUUAGCAUUGGCAAUAUUAGUUGCUAUUUUGGAAUUUUGUUGGAACAGCAAGAAGAAUGCCCAAACAGAUCGACAAUCCUUGUGCUCCGAAAUGGCGGAGGAGCUCAGAUUUGCCGUACGCUGCCAUGGAUCUAGACAGAGACCAGCUUUAAGAAGAUCUUGCACUAGAUGUAGUCCAGCGACGACUUAUGUACCAGCGGCACUCGAUCUACCACAUCUCAAUGGGGAAGGUGUUAUGUUACCAAUGUUAGACGUAAAACGAUCUCCUAUCAAUUAUGAAGUGGACACCUAGCGACGACUCCAAAGUGGAGGCUAUUCGACCUUCACUUGCCCUUCUAGUGCCAUAAGGGAUUGUUGUGGAGGUCCAGUAUGCUCCAGACCACAACAAAAAUCAGCAACACUGAAUUAUAAAGUGGAACUUCACUGCCCAGACAUCAAUACUAAAAGUGCUACAUUGGGUCGUAGUCGUUCGGGAGGUGGGCCUCAAAAUACAUGCGACGUCGUUCAAAGCGGACUAAACGUAUCUGAUAAAAUCCUUUGGAAGUUCGAGUGUGAUAUCGGUAGUCCAAAUAGUCCAGAUGUGGUGAAUAGAACGUUACCAGAUGCUAUUCAGAGUAGGACGACCACUUUGUGAUAAAGUUAGAUAGAAGAAUAAAAUUAAUGAUUCUAAGAUAGAAAAGGAAGAAUUCUACGAUGAUUCACAAUCGAUCGAAAUAUUCUUCUUUUUCUGAGUACCUACAAACUAAACCAAAUCAAAAACGAACUGAUGUUUGUACCAAUUGGAUUUACACGUUAAGAUUAGAUAUUUCGAAUAUUUUGGAUGGUUUUUCAUUAUCAAGAUGCAUGUCAAAUUUCAAUCAAAUUUUUUAUGGGUUUUAUAUGGAAAUCCAAGUUUCGAUUUUAUUACAUUUUUCAUGUUCAACUCGAGCAGUAAUUUCUGAAACUAAAAUAUAUGUAAAAAUAUUUGUGUCCAAUUAACUUUUUUAGCAUUUUACGUGUUUUGUUUUUAUUACGAAUUCAGUAAAUAUGAGGUGCAUCUUGAAAUUAAGGAAAUGUUUCGAAACAGAGUAUUUUGAUUGAAAAUGUAAAUAAAAUUUUGAUAUUUGGAAGGAUGUGUUUGUUACCUGUUCACCGUCCAUUUAACAUUUUCUGUGUUUGCGACGACCGACCAUUAGACGUAUUCAAAAAUUACGAAGCAGGAAGCAGGAUGAAAUAUGAAAUUGUUUAUUCAGGCACUUUUCAACAUGCACAUUUUUUUAUUUUCACACCACUCGAUUGUACCAAAAGUCGAUACAAUUUUUUUAUUUCAAAAAAAAAACUCUCUUUCAUUGGAAUCCCAAAAUACUUUCUAUGAUAAAAUUGUAACUUCCUAAUAAAAUACCAUGUAUUUUUUCAUAUUUUACUUAUAAUGUUAUGCAGAAUUUAAAAUUUUGAGCUCGUAUUAUUUUAGAAUUCUUUUUGUUUUGUAAUUUUUGAUCGUCAGUUAACGUGAAAACCCCAAUAUAAUUUAAUACAUGGUAGAGACGAUUUUUGCUUAUAAUAUUGAAGAAUUGUUCAUGAAAUUUCGAAAUGUAAUAUUUUGUAAAUAUAUUUCGAAAUAUAUAUGAAUGAUUAACAAAUAAAAAUAUUCAAAUAAGGUUAUUGUCAAUAUUACACUCAGCAUUAAAUAGUUGUUUCUCAAAAUGGUUUUUGAAAUAUUCAUCUAAAAGGAUUACUGUGAUAAACUAUUUGAACUUAUUUUAUUUGGUAACUCAACACCUAACCGACUGUUCAAAAAGUCCUAUUAUCUGUAUGUUUUCAAUUGUUAAGAAAAUAAUUGAAUAUUUCAUAAAAUUAAAUUUCUGCCUUAUUGUAUAAAGCUUUAAAUUAUUUUCAACUUGAAUAAUUAUAGUGAUAUAUUUUCGUCGAAACACUUUUUAUGUGAACCUACUAAAUUAUAGAUGUUUUGUGAAUGUAAAUACACGUGAUUUAAAGAGAAAGCAAAAAUCGUCUUUAUUCUUUAUAUAAACAUAUAUCAUAUUUGAUCAUUUAAAAUUAUUCAUUCCAUUUAUAUAGCAUAUAUUAAAGACUUUCACACCUCCCAUGUAUAUUUAUUUAAAACUUCCCUUAUAGGGAUUCGAAAUUUUUACCAUUUCCGCAUGAUUUCCUCAUCGAUUCGUCAUAAAUUUAAUUCGUUUACAGAUUUUUUUGUAAAUGUCCUAAUUCCUCAAGUUCCUAAUUUAUUAAGUACUGUUUGUAUGAUAGUAAGUUAUAAAAACAACAAACUGUUUCUUUUCCGAAGGUCUCACCAAGUGACAAAUAUGAGCGACUUUUCAUAAUUGAUAUUUCAUUACUUUCAAACUAUAUGAAUCUAGCUCUAUUAAGAGAUUGUUCACUGAAACAUAAUAUUCAUUAGAAAGAUAGAUAACGUAAAGUGAAGCCGAACGAGUGACUGCAAAACAUGCAAGAGAAGUCUAUAAUGAGUUGACCAAAUAGUGAUGUCUUUAAUAUAUGACUACAGUGAUAUCUAUUGAAAACAUUCUUUGAAUAAUUAUUUUCGAUUAUUAUUGUUUUUAAUACAUAUUUCUCUUCAACAAUACUUUUAUGAGAUAUAUAUUGUUAUACAGUAAAAUCUGAUUUCAGAUUCAGGUUUUCAGUGUUUAUAUUGUUGAUGAUUUAGCUGUUUAUCAUUAUUUCGAAAAUGUUAUAAUGAAUGUAAAUAAAUUUGCUAAUAAAUAGAAUAAAAUCGAA